GCGGCGGGUCGCCGGGGCCGGCGGCGGGCGCGGGGCGCGGGCCGCGAUGCGGCGCUACCUGCGCGUCGUGGCGCUGGGCCUGGCCUGCGGCUUCUGCUCGCUGCUCUACGCCUUCAGCCAGCUCGCCGCGGGCCCCGAGCGCGGCGCGGGCGGGGAGCCGCGGGCCGCGGCGGCCUCCUGGCUCGCGGGCGGCGGGCGCGGCGUCGUGAGCGGGGCGGGCAGCGCGGGCCCCGCGGCGCGUCCCGGCCGGGCGGACAGGUGUGCCGACGUCCCUGUGUGUUACUGGAAUCCCUAUUGGAUGCUGCCCUCUGGUGUUUGUGGAAUGAACUGCUUUUGGGAAGCGUCUUUUAGAUUUGUUCUGAAGACCCAGCCUGUGGAGAGAAUGCACCUGGCCGUGGUGGCCUGUGGCGAGAGACUGGAGGAGACCCUGACCAUGCUGAAGUCGGCCAUCAUCUUCAGUAUCAAACCCCUGCAGUUUCACAUUUUUGCUGAAGAUCAGCUGCACGCCAGCUUCAAAAGCAGACUUGACAGCUGGUUGUUCCUGCAGACCUUCAACUACACGCUGUACCCCAUCACCUUCCCGCGGGAGAACGCGGCCGAGUGGAAGAAGCUCUUCAAGCCCUGCGCCUCGCAGAGACUCUUCCUGCCUUUAAUCCUGAAGGAAGUUGACUCACUAUUGUAUGUCGACACUGAUAUCCUUUUUUUACGGCCUGUUGAUGAUAUCUGGUCUUUACUAAAGAAAUUUAAUUCCACACAAAUUGCUGCGAUGGCCCCAGAACACGAGGAACCUCGAAUCGGAUGGUACAACCGCUUCGCCAGACACCCGUACUACGGGGAGACCGGGGUGAACUCCGGGGUGAUGCUGAUGAACAUGACCCGGAUGCGCCGCAAAUACUUCAAGAAUGAUAUGACAACUGCACGACUUCGAUGGGGAGAUAUCCUUGUGCCAUUGCUUAAAAAAUACAAACUGAACAUCACAUGGGGCGAUCAGGACCUGUUGAAUAUCAUGUUUUUUCAUAAUCCAGAAAGCCUCUUUGUUUUCCCGUGCCAGUGGAAUUACCGCCCAGAUCACUGCAUCUAUGGAAGCAACUGCCGGGAGGCUGAGGAGGAAGGCAUCUCCGUGCUUCACGGGAACAGGGGCGUUUACCAUGACGACAAGCAGCCGGCGUUCAGAGCGGUGUACGAAGCCCUGAGAAACUGCUCCUUCGAGGACGACAGCGUGCGCGCGCUGCUGCCGCCGCUGGAGCUGGCGCUGCGCGGGACGGCGCACACCUACUGCGGCCGCAGCUACGGCCUCUUCAUCAAGCAGCUGGCCCGCAGCGUCCGCGAGCGCGUGGCCAGGGCGCCGCGAGCCACGUGACUCGGCCGCCGUGCGCCACGUGCCUGGGCCGGAGCCCGCGCCCACUCCCGCAACUGUGAAACGGGCUGAGCCGCGCCCUCGGGCUCGCUGUGAGGUCACCGCCGUCCUCCGUCCGUCCGUCUGUCCGUCUGUCCGUCCGUCCGUCGUCUCGGCGCUGAGGAGGCGCUCCUGCCCUGGGAGCCUGCGCACCACUGCCGGCCGCCCUCCGCGGGCUCCUGCAGCCGCGCACCACGGCCGCCCUCCCGGGCUCCCGCAGCCGCGCACCACGGCCGGCCUCCCGGGCUCCCGCAGCCGCGCACCACGGCCGGCCUCCCGGGCUCCCGCAGCCGCGCACCACGGCCGGCCUCCCGGGCUCCCGCAGCCGCGCACCACGGCCGCCCUCCCGGGCUCCCGCAGCCGCGCACCACGGCCGGCCUCCCGGGCUCCCGCAGCUGCACACCACGGCCGGCCUCCCGGGCUCCCGCAGCUGCACACCACGGCCGGCCUCCCGGGCUCCCGCAGCUGCACACCACGGCCGGCCUCCCGGGCUCCCGCAGCCGUCCCCCACGGGGCCUGUUUACAGGAGCAGGAAGGCCCUGCUCUCCUCGAGAAAUGUGAUGUGAACGGCGUCCCCCGUCGACAAUCUCCGUGUGCCUUUACGCAUUUCAUCUCUGCCCUCAGAUGUGGUGACAAUCGUGUUUGUUCAGUCUCCGUACCUGCACGUUAAACCCCGAGCUGUAUCCGAAGGGAGGAACCGUGAGCACUUUGGGGUUGUGUGUGUGUGUGUGUGUGUGUGACAGAGAGAGAGAGAGAGAAGUGGGGUGUUUGCGUCCUGUCCCUGUUCAACUGUCUUGCCAAAACUCAGAUCGAAGAUUGUUAAGUAGAUAUUAGGGAAGUAUUUUUUUUUUUAGUCACUUUGAAUGAAAACUUUCAGCUUUACUGGGCAUUCUGGAAGCAAAAUAUAUUAUGCUGACAGUAAAGAGAAAACCUUAGUAGGAUAUUAAGAUGGUGGAAACUUCAGCGGACCAAAAUGCGUAAGCCGCGCACUUCCUGUGAGGAGAAAUUUGAGAGACCGUGAAGUAGGAAGGAGCGGUCUAGUUACACUUUGCUUCUACCUCAAAAUGGCUUUUCAAGGUGUUUCUGGAGAAGCUGGCGGAUGGAGCCUUCCUCUGGGGAGGUUGUGAGGGGAUCCGGAGUAAGAAGACUGUUACAUCUGACCGUACAAAGAGCAGGGUGGCUCACAGGCCUUGACUUUGUACCAGCUGAUGUUUUAAAGCCUUGAACGUAAGAACGCCACAUCGCUUGGCGCUCUCGGGGACCAGCGCCUCUGAGGGCGCGCAUCUCAUCUCACCAGGUGCCACCUGGCUCUCAGGUAGAGGGAAGCCCGUGAAGGCAGUGCCGCAUGGAAAUCCUGCACACGCAGCCCUCUGUGGCGACGUGGGCUGCAGAGCGGUGGCGUCCCACAGCCCGUGAGGGACAGGUGGAGGGAGGAGGGCACAGUGGGAGUCGUUCCCCCGUAGUCCAACACCCUAGGGCAGGCGGACACCUUGAACAGGUGGACUUUGUGUGCCUGAGCUGUAGAAUGCUGUGGUAACAGAACCCGUGAGACAGGUUGACAUGAGCUCGCUGAGUAGAACAGGAGAACCCGGAGUUGAGCGAUUGGGAGGGUGUAUCCUGGGGCCCCAGGGGUACCACGGCCUGCCUGGCUGGGAGGCCUCUGGGGUGGGGGUGAGGGGGUUCAUUCAGGUUCAUGAGCAGCACCCAGCGGUGGUCCUGGGGUGCUGGGUCCUGGGUGGAAUCCACAAGUAAAUGUUAACGAUGAGAUUUUGAAAAUGAUGAGCAAGUGGGAGCGUGUGCAGUGGUACUCCACAGCCCAGCUCAGAGCUUAGCAGCACCUUCCUGUUUCUUUCACCCCACCCCCCCUUUGUUGCUGAAGCAUAUUAAAGAAAGUCCCAGACGUUCUGUUGGUCCCCACUGAGCAGCGACAUCGUGGCCAACAACAACACCUGAGAUCUGUUCCUUAAGCACAUUUUCCCCAUUGUCUUAAAUUUGCCGUCUUUUGGUUUGGGUUUGUUGGGGUACAAAACUAAGUCACAUGAAGGUUCUUUGUCAGCAGACGUCUCAGGUGAUCCUGACGUUCCCUAGUUAGAGACGACUGGAGAUGACCUUGCCAGCUUGAAGGUUGGAAUUUGUGUCCCAACUCAUGGCACGGCUGGUGGUUGGUAAUGUGGUUUUGAGAUACUGUAUUAGAGGAAACACUUGGGGCUUUUAGCAAGAUACCAAUUUUCUUUAGUAAAUUCCUCAAGAGUUCACUUUCUCAGUGAGCAGAGGGCCUGACUGGAUGGGGUUAUGUAGGGUGUGGUCUCAGCUUCAUCCCUCGGGGUGGGACUGCAGACUGUGCUGGUGCUGUGGGCCACCUGCUCUUUAGGCCCCAGCCUGCCUGAGCUUUCGUCAUGAACGGAGUUGGGGUGACACACAUCCACCAGGACUCUUCUUACCUGACUCGUGGGUGUCCUGGAACUCCUGUGACAAGGUUGAAAUGAAUUCUCGGAGUUUAUCUCUGGACAAGGUAACUUUUCCCUUGAGUGUUCUCAGGAAAUGCUGUUCUCAGUGAGGUUAAAUGAUAGAUGGACAAGUUGGAGAAUGUGUGUAGUCUUCCCUAAAGCGCUGUGUUAUCUAUGCAGUCUGUGUGAGUUGUGUGCUCUGUGCUUGGAGUCUGUGUGUAUCAACAACGCUGACCUCACAGGUGUCUGGCCCAGUGUUACCAAAGCUGAAGGAGUCUCCUGGGUGGUCAGCCUUCAUUUGUAGCAAGUGACCACUCCAGAAGAACUUGGAAAACCUUUAGAAAAUACUUUGGUUCACGUUUGAAGAAAAUGCAUUUUUUUUUUUUUUUAUAAAGAGUAGUGCAAAUGCGUAAGGUCACCGAGUUCCUUUGGCUCCAGAGUGAUUGCAUGCUGGUACUGGCUCUCUGCUCCCGCUCAAGCCUGUGUCCCUGGUGCGAGGAAGGGAAAACCAGGUGGGAAGGAGAUCUGGACCCUGUGCCUGGGACUGUCUGCGCCUUGGACCUUUACGCAGGCAGAACGCCCUACAGGUGUCAUCAGAGGCAGAGGCUCGGGGUGCGGUGGAAAGUGUUCUGCCCGGCUUUUUCUCACAAAGCAGUUUGUAGGUAAAUGGGACCAGGAGUUUCAUGCGAUGAAGCCUUGUUAGAGUGUGUGCUUGGCUCUGACGUCCCAUACCUUUUGUGGGCUCCAGAAUACCCCCUGGUGAGGCUGCAGCAGCAUCCCCCUGCGGGCCCGCCCUGUGCAGGUGGUCCCAUGUCCUGGGGCUGAACGGUCUCUGGUAGGGGAAUUUUGCUUGUAUUAUGUAAGGAAGGAGAAAGUUAGGAAAAAGGGUGAUGCACGUGAGUAGUCAGAGAAGAAAGCAGAGGAAGUGAGAAACGGGGAGAGGAAGGAAAGGAAAGGAAUUGAGUGAGAGUCUGGUGAGAGGCGAGGGAAGAGGAAGAAUGGACCGAGGGCGGAGACCGAGAAGCAGGGGAGGAGGCGGGUGGGCUGCUCACCUGGGAGCUGCAGCCGGGACCGAGUCAGUGGCCGCUCGCCUGGGCCCUGCAGGAGGGCAGAGGUGCUGGCUGCCCUGAGAGAGAGAAAUAGGCCCGGCUUUAGCUUUCUAUCUUUAUAAACCAGAGUUGUUUCCUGGUCACUUUACUCACCGAUCACUUAGUGCUAAGGAUUCGGCGUUCUGUCUUUGUGCUGGAUCCCAGUUUGUGGCAACACAGGUAUCCUCCUUCACCUUGCCCUGUGGCCAUGCCAGGUGCUGGGUGAUGGCGCACCGCCUAGCUGGGGCAGAAGGCUAAAGCCUCUGUUGUGGUUUUCCCAGGGAGUACUGAUUCGAAGCCAGGUUGGGGCGGGGUGGUCACUGCCCAGCCUUGACUGGAGCUUAAGCUGGAAGUCACAUCUGUUCACUCCCUCUAGGGGCACUUCCGGUUGCAGUUUGAGAAGAUUCAAGAGAACAGGAGAUGGCAGAUACACAUUAACUAGUACCCCAGUAUUGGUUAAACCUCUUUGAGAUCUUCUUAGUCCCUUGAUCUGUGUUUUUUAAGGAUUCAAGAAAAAGUUUUGAGAGGCACAGAAAGAGAAGGAGAGCUCCCGUUUGCUGGUUGGCUCCCCGUACACCUGGAACAGCCCGGCGUAGGCAGAGCCAGCAGCCGGGAACAGGGUCUCCCAGGUGGGUGGCCGGAGCCCAGUGACUUGAGCCAUCACUGCUGCCUCCCAGGGUCUGCAUUAGUAAGAAGCUGGAGUCGGGAGCUGGAGCCGAGAAUCACGGAGGCGCUCUGAUGCGGAAUGUGGGCAGUUAACCGCCGCAGGAAAAGCACCCUCCCUGACCAGUUUUUUUUUUUUUUAAUGUUUUGAUUCUUUUAAGUAGAGAAGAAAAGUAGGAGUAUAAUAUCUCAGAUGUCGGGCCAGUUAUACAGUUAUUAAAUGCAAUUUUUUCAGUUGACUUAAUAAUUGCCUUAUUGCAUUUUGAUAUUUAAUAAAAAGUAGUUUAAUUGAUUUAUACCCUAACAGUCAUCCUUUUACAUAUCACCAAAGCAACUUUUUUCCCUGUUAAAGUCUGGCUAAACUUUUCUGAAAUGUUUGUUGUUCCUUAGUUCAUUGAAAAUGAAAUUAGAUUUUAAAAGCUAAGUGAUGUAAAGUUAAGACAGAAGUCUAAAAAGUAGUUUAAGAAUUUUAAAAAGUGAAUUACGAUAUUACUCCGAUUUCUAGCAAUCCGUGAGAAGAACAGAAUAACGCCUUACACUGAGCGGUUUGGCAUUGCCUGUAAGUCAGCCUCAGUCUUGCUGUUAAAUGGAAAGUGAUUGUCCUCACUGCCUCCCUACCUGGUGUCUAAUGAGAUGGCUUCCUUAGCAUUUUCUGUAAAUUCAGUUUUCAAACAAAAGGGAGCCUUUGAAAAGAUGGAAAAAACAGAAACGAAAGUAUCUGUCAUUAGUAAAACAGUACCGCCGAGAAGGGCUGUGACGGGGCGGUUUGAAGUCACCCCCGGGAACCGCCGAGAUGACACUGUGGUGUGGACACUCACAGCUCUCUCAGCAGCUCCUUGUGAAGACAGACGCCACCGUGUGCACUCCACCUGGACAAGUCGGUUCUGGCAGUGGUGGACAAGGGCUCUUUUCAACCUUGCUAUAAAAUUUUUCAGGAAAUACUGGAAUAUGCUUUUUGUUGUUGUUGUGAGAGAAAACCCAGGGCUUGUGGUAUUGCAGUAGAACAUGCUUCCAUUCAGAGGUGCAAGAGAGCAUAUGUGCCAUCUGUCACAUGUGUGUGGAAGCCGCACCUGGGCAUUUGACCCGUGCCACACAGCACAUCUGGGAAGGAGGUGGUUGUCUGUGCCUGUGCUGAAGUCUGGCUGCUGUUGGGAGCGGCCGCGUUCCAAGCUCAGGCAAAGCAGGGAGUGUGCUGUGUGUAGCCACCCCUGCGCUUAGACUGCUUCUCACUGUUCCGUUUCAGAAUGUGAACAGCCUCCUCCAGUGGCAGCAGUUACCACGGGGGAGAGUGAGCUGUCAGAUUCAAGUCUAAUCCGAGAACAAUGCAAACUGCUUCUUUGUGUUUGGAAGAGUUCCGUUCCUUUUUAUUUUUUUGUAUUUUUUUGAGAAAUUGUGUUAUUACUAAGUAAACAUGUACUCAAUAAAUGUUUAGUUUCCUUA